CUGACAAGACAUCUUGGGUGUUUGUGAGCAUGCGAUGGUUCGGACGAAGGGGAAACAUAAGAGGAGAGGAAGAGGAUCAAGUUAGAAAAUUCACAUGGAGAUGGAGUCAUGUGAACGAUUCCCCCCUCGUAGACCAUGUCACAGGUGUGGAUAGAGGGUCAGUAUGUUUGCGCGUAUUAAAGUAGAGACAAGUUUUGAGCGAGCUUCCUUACCCUCCAUCGAAGAACGCUUUUUGUACCCGAAUCGUUCAGUGAAAAACAUUGCAGCUUCAGAAUUUCCAUUUGCGGCCGUUGUAGAUUUUUUCUGUUUGCACAAUGAUUUGAGCUGUAUUGGAUUUUGGCUGAGAUUAGAGCGUAUCACUUUACCAGAACUUGGGUGUAAACAAACUUACUGAUUCAAUGAUCCUUAUAGGUUGGAAUUAAUUUUCUGAGGCCAGUAUGCCGUUGAGAACUUCUGUCUUGCUGUUUGGCUGCGCUUGCCUGUCGCAGUACGCCGAUGCCUUUGCCCCCGGAGCUGGAUCCCCGCUCGCUCUCAGGAAGAGCGCAGUCCCUGCUGCCACCUUGAGGAAUGGACGCGGUGGAAUUGUCAGCGUGAACAUGAAGAACCAGGACGACGUUCGUCGUCAGAUGGCCGCUGCCAUGGCUGCUGUAGUUCUCGGAAGCGGAAUCUCCGCCCAGCCAGCCUUUGCUCAGGCAGCAGUUGAGCCGGCUGCGGCUCCUGUGAAGAGGGUGGAAGCUGGUGGAGUUCAGAACUGGCGCUACUCCGAGUUCAUGAACGCCGUGGAGGGCGACAAGGUGGAGAAGGUCACCUUCUCCGCGGAUGGCCGCCGCGUGCUCGCCGUUGACGUCGACGGCAAUCGUUACAAGCUCGAUGCCCUUCCCAACGACCCAACUCUCCUCGACACCCUCACCAAGCACAAGGUUGACGUGACUGUCCUUCCCGCCCAACAGCCCGGAGGCGGAGGAGACCUCAUUCGCUCCCUCAUCUUCCCCGCUCUUCUCUUCGGCGGCCUUUUUCUCCUCUCCCGCCGCGGAGGAGACCAGGGAGGAAACUUCCCUGGUGGCGGUGGAUUCGGCGGACCCAUGGACCUAGGCAGGUCGGGAGCCAAGGUUCAGAUGCAGCCGGAUACUGGUGUGACUUUCAAUGACGUUGUUGGAGUUGACGGAGCCAAGAUUGAGCUCGAGGAGGUUGUUCAGUUCCUCAAGGAGUCCGAGAGGUUCACUGAGAUCGGAGCUCGCAUCCCCCGUGGUCUCAUCCUCGAGGGCCCCCCCGGAACUGGUAAGACCCUCCUUGCCCGCGCUGUUGCUGGAGAGGCCGGUGUUCCUUUCUUCUCCAUCUCCGGCUCUGAGUUCGUCGAGAUGUUUGUUGGUGUGGGAGCUUCCAGGGUUCGCGACCUCUUCUCCCAGGCCAAGAAGAACGCCCCUUGCAUCAUCUUCAUCGAUGAGAUCGACGCCGUUGGCCGUCAGCGCGGAGCUGGUAUCGCUGGAGGAAACGACGAGAGGGAGCAGACCCUCAAUCAGAUCCUCACUGAGAUGGACGGCUUCGAGGGCAACCCCGGAAUUAUCGUCAUCGCUGCCACCAACAGAGCCGAUGUUCUUGACCCUGCUCUCCUUCGUCCUGGCCGCUUCGACAGAAGGAUUGUUGUCGACCUCCCUGACUUCGCUGGACGUGUUGCCAUCCUUGGUGUCCACUCCCGCGGCAAGCCCCUCGGCGAUGACAUCGACCUCAACCAGAUCGCUCGCCGUACCCCCGGCUUCUCCGGUGCCUCCUUGGCCAACUUGAUGAACGAGGCAGCUAUCUUCGCUGCCAGGAAGAACAAGGUCUCCAUCGGCAACGACGAGAUCAGCGAUGCUCUUGACCGCGUGACCCUCGGCCCGGAGAAGAAGAACGCCGUCGUCAGCCUCCAGAAGAAGGAGCUCGUCGCCUACCACGAGGCCGGGCACGCUAUUGUCGGCGCCCUCACCCCUGACUACGAUCAGGUUGCCAAGAUCACCAUCACUCCCCGUGGAGGAGCGGGAGGAUUGACCUUCUUCGCUCCCAACGAGGACAGGGUUGAUUCCGGCUUGUACUCCCGCCAGUUCUUGGAGUCUCAGAUGGCUGUGGCCUUGGGGGGACGCAUUGCGGAGGAGAUUGUUUUUGGGGAGGAUGAGGUUACCACUGGAGCCUCCAACGACUUGGAGAGAGUUACCAGCACUGCCAAGAUGAUGGUCACCAGGUUCGGCAUGUCCGAGCGUGUCGGCCAGGUGGCGCUCGCGCAGGAUGCCGGCUCUCCCUUCCUCGGCAGGCAGAUGGGUCAGCAGCAGGCUGUCAUGUCUGGCGAGACCAAGGCCUUGAUCGACUCUGAGGUCUCCCGCCUCGUGUCCGGUGCCUACAACCGUGCCAAGCAGCUCCUCCUCGACAACAGAGAGGCGCUUGAUGAGCUCGCGAGGCUGCUCGUGGAGAAGGAGACCGUGACUGCUGAGGAGUUCCAGCAGCUCCUGCAGAACUGCAACGUGAAGAUCGCCGACUACCAAGUCUAUGCCUAAAUCAGUUGAUAUACCUAUAUGACGCUCAAUAAAUGAUUUCCGUGAAACAUG